UUCAACCUCUUCAUCAGUCAUCGCCCGCUCUCUCUCUCCUCUGCGUGCAUCUGUCAAUCAAGAGAGAGAGAGAGAGAGACCAUCAGUGGGAGCAGAUCUCGACCCCUUUCCUCUGCAGAGAUCUUUUCCGGGUCAUCAAUGGAAGUCCGUAUCCCCUUCCCCCGAUAACAAACCAGAGAAGAUACAUCAUACAAAGAAGGCGAAGAGAUCGAUCCAAAGGGUGACAAACGCCCCUUUUAAUCUCCUUCACCCUUCUCUUCAUUUUUCUUCUUUUCCUCAUAUGUGGAAGAAAAGAACCAGACAGAGAGACUGUUGCGGUGCGGAUAAUCAAGAACACAGGAGACAGUCUCUAUCAAUGGGAACAGGGUGGAGAAGGGCCUUCUGCACGACCAUACCUCGAGACCCCGAAGCUUCUUCUCAGCAGCAGAAGAGCGUCACUCCCAGCCCCAGCCCCCGGACCGGCAGAAAGCUCGGGUUCCUCACCGGCAGCAGCAGCAACCCUUCUACGCCUCGCCUCCGAUGCAGGACGGUCGCAGAAGCCGCUGCUCAGGCCGAGGCGUCGGCGGGUGCGGGCGGCGGGGUUGACGAGAUCAGCCCCGGGCUUAUAUGCAGGACGGCCCCCAGCAGCACGUCCAACACUCCCAGGCUGGCCAAGAGCCCGAAGAAGCCGAUGCUCGGGUCGAACCCGUCGUCCCCGAGAUCCCCUCUCAAGCUCUCACUCUUCAAGAACAGCUUCAAGUUCAGGAGCAACAGCUGUGGAGUAUGUUCGAGCAGUGUCAAGACCGGGCAGGGAACGGCCAUCUUCACGGCGGAGUGCGGUCACGUAUUUCAUUUCCCCUGCAUUGCCGGCCACGUCCGGGCCCACCGUGCACUCGUCUGUCCCGUCUGCAGCUCAUCCUGGGCCGACGUCCCUCUGCUCGCCGCCCACAAGAACCUCCCCGUCCAGCCCCAGAAUGAGUCCUCCGCGGUGGCACCGGAGAAGACCGUGAAAAACCAUGUGGAAGACAAGAAGGUUGUUAAUUCGACGCUGAGGACGGUGAAGGUUAUGGCCGACUCGAGGUGCUAUAACGAUGAUGAGCCGUUGCUUUCACCUGCAGCUGGCGCGAGGUUUGGCCCGAUCCCAGAGGCCGACGAGGAUGAGGGUGAGCAUGAGCAGGAAGUUGGAGAGGAGGAUGAAGAAGAGUUUCAGGGUUUUUUUGUCAGCCAAAACAGCUCGUCGGCGAGCUUCAAAUACUCCGAUGAGAUUCCAGUGAGUAAUGUCAGGGAGCCGAGGCUGGUGGAAGUGAGGCUGCAGCCCGAAUCGGCAGUUGUUUCCGUCGGGAGGACCCACGAAACAUAUGCCGUGGUGCUUAAGGUUAAAGCGCCACCUCCCCCAGCUGCUGGUCAUGCCGGUGGCUUGCAUCGAGCACCAAUUGAUCUGGUGGCAGUGCUGGACGUGAGCGGGAGCAUGACUGGGGCGAAGCUGCAGAUGCUGAAGCGUGCUAUGAGACUUGUGAUCUCCUCACUUGGGUCGGGUGAUCGCCUUUCGAUUGUGUCAUUCUCGGCCACCUCUAAGCGGCUCCUCGCCCUGAGGAGGAUGACCCCACAUGGCCAACGAUCAGCCAGGCAGAUUGUCGAUCGGCUUGCCUGUGGCCAGGGCUCCGGUGUUGCUGAUGCAUUAAGGAAGGCCGCAAAGGUUCUUGAGGACAGGAGGGAAAGAAACCCGGUCGCAAGCAUAAUGCUGCUAUCUGACGGCCAGGACCCAAAGAGCCAUUCAAACCAAAGGCACCCACGGUCGACCCAUGCGGCGCCCUCCACACGCUUUGCACACAUCGAGAUCCCUGUGCACACCUUUGGCUUCGGGAGCAAGCGUGGCUACAGCCACGAGCCAGCUGAGGACGCCUUUGCCAAGUGCGUGGGCGGCCUGCUGAGUGUGGUGGUGCAAGACCUCCGCAUCCAGGUCGGUGUCAACUCCUGCUCAGCACCAGUAGAGAUCGCCGCCAUCUACUCCUGCAAUGGGCGGCCUGCAGUACUGGGCUCGGGAUCAAUCCGAGUCGGUGACCUAUAUGCAGAGGAGGAGAGGGAGUUCCUCGUGGAGCUAAAGGUGCCGAGCUCUUCGGCCGGGUCACACCAUGUGAUGUCCGUGCGGAGCUGCUAUAAGGACCCGGCCACCCAGGAGGUAGUGUACAGCGGCAAUAGAGCGCUGCUGGUUCCCCGGCCCCAUGCUGUCAGAUCAUCGUCCACGAAGAUCGAUCAGUUGAGGAGACUCUUCCUCACGUCCCGGGCCAUCGCGGAGUCCAGGAGGCUGGUUGACCACCACAACGACCUCACAAGCGCACACCACCUGCUGGCGUCGGCCCGGGCCCUGCUGAUUCAGGGCGGCAGAGGGUCGGAGAAGGCGGAGGAGCACGUGAAGUCGCUGGAGGCUGAGCUGGCGGAGGUCUACUGGAGGAGGCAGCAGAUGAUCCAACAGACGAGAGCCGGAGGGAGGGAAGCCGAUCUGAUGGUGGACGAGAGCGGGGAUCCGCUGACGCCGACAUCAGCUUGGAGGUCGGCCGAGAAGCUGGCCAAGGUGGCGAUGAUGAAGAAGUCGCUGAGCCGAGUCAGCGAUCUGCAUGGCUUCGAGAACGCUAGGUUCUGAUUAAAAACUUAGUUAUCAAUUUAAUUAAAUUUGAUCAGAUCCUAAUCUUCUCCUUUCGUAGAGGUAAAACGUUUCAGGUUAAAUUAAUAAAGAAAAUGAGUGAACAAAAGUAGGAAAAAGAAGAUAACCCGUUGAGCUAGCAUUCGGUAUGUCGAGAGGAUAGCGAUAGCACUCGAACUUCACUUAUCCGAUUUGUUCCAUAGGAAUUUAUCGUGUCAACGAUGCUAGCUAGGCUAGGUAGGUCGAUUCUUGACGGGUUUUUUUGAUAUCUUUGGUGUCGAUUAGGUGAUGUUCGAAUUUGUUUGUCUGUUAAUUAGGGGAAUUGGCAUCACACAAGAAAUGGUUGUAAAUGAUUUAGUUGUUAAUGGAUCUUUGAUUGGGCUAAA